UUGGGAUUCUGUGUUGGAGCUUAGGAACGCCCUCCCGGCUGCCUCACCGACUGGUUCUCCUCCCUCCGCCCCCCUUCCCCCGAUAACACCUCCACCAGCCUUACGCUCUUGGUAAUUCUUGGCCCCCCUUUCAUACGGACGCGAAGGCAGUUUCUCCAGCAGCACGGCGGCAUUCUUGUCGCAAAUCCGAGGGCGAGAGCGAGGAAGCGCACACUCAAACGCGUGCAGGUGGAACGCGUCGACCUAGAAAUUUUUCGACGACGCGUGGUUUUCGGUGAUAGGUUUUUCUUCUCUUUUUUAUUGCGUGUUAUCGUCGGAGAGGAAACCUUCAUAAGAAAGAGCGCAGUUACAGUGUCCUCUCCAGUGACGGGUGACAAUAAUCGACGGAGAGAGAAGGAGAAGAAACGAAAAAAGUAAAAAAAAAAAAAAAGAGAAGAAAGAAAAUUCGCGUCAUUAUCCAUACGCCUGUCAUCUCAACCCAGCUGAAAAUGAAGUAAACGCCACGUCAGAGGACAUACAACUGUAACCGCGGACUCGUGCCUGUGUUGAAAGGGAUAGUCCAUGUUUACGGAAGUCGCAAGCACAGAAGAUGGCACGUGCUAGAUUCUGGGCUUUGCUGAAGCGAAGUGCACCGCGGACUGAACAAGAAGUCACGAACGAGUAACGUCUGGUUGGACGGACCCUAGAAAUGUUCCCACACAUGUACAAAGUCAGGCCCCCGAAGUCGGCGCAGCGUCGGGAGUCGUCCGGGUCGGCGAGUCCGGGCACCGUCGCCGCCGACUGCGAGUGGCAGGGCGACAACUGGCGGCGCUCGAACCGCUGGACGCCCCCGUGGGACCAGCAGGGCUCCGCGCCGUCCACGCCCCAGUCGGUGCCCUCCACGCCGCCACCCAUGCCGGCGCCGCAGCAGGAAACCAGCCUCAGCAGGAGUCCUACACCAUGGAGAAAGGAGGGGCAUCAGAGGACCGAGAGCCCAGGACCUCCCCAGCAACCGCGCCAUAGGUCCACGCUGACCCCAGAGAAGGAGGACUGGGAGGCAACAGGAGAAGAAAUAACAGAGACCUGGACCCCCGCACCCCCCUUGCCACCCGAGCAGAGGCAGCAGCAGCAGUUCCCACAGCAGUUCUCCAACAAACAGGCCACUUCCGACAAAGAAAACAACGCAUCUGAGAACCUAGCCAUUCCCAGAGUCAGAGAUGACAAGUCAAGGUCAUCUUCCCCCUUGGUAGAGGAGCAAUGGGGAACCCCUCAAGAAUCAUGGAUGCCUCAGCCUCCUCAUUUCGAAGAUGCUUGUGAGACGAAGAGCGAAGUCGAGGUUGCAGAACAGGCAGCGCCCAGAACACGCCAGGCAAAUGCACAGAAUGACACUUGGCGGGAAAAUGAAGACGACACUAACACCGUCGCUUCUUCCUCUGCCGCCGACGAGAAGGAACCAGAACUGCCGUGGUGGGAACAGACAGAAGAGGAGGAUACGAAUCAGGAUUCGGGUUCAGUUUGGUGGGAACAACAGCGAAAUGAAGACCAGGGGGAGGAGGUCCCUUGGUGGGAACGGCCGGCUGUUAAGGAGCCCGCUCAGAAUGACUCGGGAAUGUGGUGGGAAAAGGAGCAUGACGAUCAGCAAAAGGACGAGAUAAUGCUGUGGCAACGGUCUAUCGAUCCCGUCCAGCCAGACCCAAAGAUCGUGAAGGAAAAGGAAGAGGACGACCAAGAUAAGGACGACCUUCCAUGGUGGGAGAAGCGGGAAAUGACAAGGGAUUGGAGUCCAGUUGGUUCCCCCGUUUUCAAAAAGGACAUCGUAGAACAUAUGGGCAACAACGAAGCAAAUGAAGAAUGGUGGAAAAAAUGGGACACGCGUGCUGAGCCCUGCACGGUUAGCAUCACUAAGCUGAGGGAAAAGGCGCGACAUGCUACUCCGUGGUGGGCGGCGGGUGAUGCGUCAGAGCCAACGGAUGAAAAUGACGAGAAUUCUUUAUGGUGGGACCAAGAUGGUACCACCGACGAGAGUCCAGCAGUACCCGAAGCUCCCCCCAUGCCCGGCGUCCCCCCGCCUCCCCCGCCCAUGCCCGGUAUGCCCCCGCCCCCGCCCCCACCGAUGCCCGGAAUGGUUCCUGGCGAGAAGAAGAUCUCGGAGGCCAAGAAGUUCAAGCUGGACCAAAUCAAGCGGGCGGCGAGGACCAGGCCAGAUUGGAACACCUUGCUGAAGAAUAUUGAGGGCGGCGUCAAACUCAAGCACUUGUCUCCCUUCGAGAAAACGGACAGGUCCAAGCCCAUUUUGCCCUCGUCCCGCGGCAAAGGAGGAAAGUUCGUGUACGAGUCGGAGAAGCCCCUCGCCCACAACGAACUCUUGCGGGAAAUCCACAGGGGCGUCAGGCUCCGGAAGGCCAGGACGGAUGACAGAAGCAGACCGGAUUUCAAAGCUCUAGGCCUCAAGAAGCUGCGUCGGCAGCGGACCAUGGAGGAGGUGAAGGAGGUGAAGGACCCGAUGGAGGCGAUGCCGUCGUCCUCAGACGAAGAGGAGGACAUCGACACCAUGAGGGACGACCUCCAGGCCACCAAGAGCCAGCUCGCCGAGGAGAUCAAGCAAAGGAAGAAGACCGAGCGCGAAAACAAGAUUUUAAAGAUCGACAUCGAAAGCCUGCAAGCGGAGGUGAAGAAGCUGAAGCGGCAGCUGAAGGAGGCCGGCGCGGUGGAGCCGAAGCCCCUGAAGAGCAGCGAGGCAGAGGAAAUUGUGCCCAAGCUCGAGAAGUCCAUGAGCAAGUUGCGCAUGCGCGAGGACGACCUCGACUUCUCCGAGCUGGACACUCUGGAGACGGAGAUCAACAACCUGAAGCGCGAGGUCGACUUCCAGAAGAAGCAAGCCGAAGAUUACCUCACGCGAUACGACGAGGUCACGCAGAAGCUCAUCGUCUCCGAGAACAGCGCGGAUGAGUGGGAGCUGCGAGGCAAUUACUACGAGAAGAAGUACAAGGCCCUGCAGAAGGAGCACAACAUCGAACUGCCGGACAUCGACACCAUUGGCACGCAGACGGACCCCGUGGACUUCGUGGAGGCGCCGCCGUCGUCGCCCGUGGACGACGACGAUGACGACGAUGCCGCGGCCUUCCCCGUGCCGUCCAAGUCAGGCUCGCGAAGGAGCUUUGCGUCCUCCGUCCACAGGAUGGAGAGCUUCAAGGAGGAAGAUGAGGAGGAGGACGAGGACGAAGAUGAGGAAGACGAGGAUGAAGAAGAAGAGGAAGAGGAGGAGGAAGAAGAGGAAGAAGAGGAGGAGGAAGAGGAAGCAGAAGAGGAAGUAGAAGAGGUCGACGAAGAAACGGCAGCGGAGAGAAGAGCCGAGAAUGCACAGAAGAAGAAGGACAGAGACCUGAAGCUGUGGCUGAACAAGCUGGAACACAUGAAGGACCGCGAGACGAACAUUCGCAAGGAGAGGAACGGCCUGAGGGAGAGAAUAAAGAAAUACUUCCGCGACAUCCAGGGCGAGAGAGAAGGCUACAUGAAGAUCAAGGCGGAAAUCGACGAGAUGGCGAAGGCAAUGAAGGAAGGCGUAGAGAGCGAGCCAGAGUCAGAGUCGGAGGAGGACGAGGAAGAGGAGGAGGAGGAGGAGGAGGGAGCGCCGCCAGCAGACCUCGAAGACAACGCUGGCUGGUGGUUCGACGAGCCCAACCAGAAGCCAAAGAAGCUCAAGAAGAGAAAGAAGAAGAACAACCGCGGAGAAGAGAGGGAAGAAGAGGAGAUGGUGGACUUAUCGCAACUCGUGGAGCCAGAAUGGAGCGACAGCGAAGAGGAGGAGAGUGAGAGCGACAACGAGGAGAACGAAUUCGAGAGCAGAAUAUCCUGCUUGCAGGAUCGGACGAAGAAGCAUGAGCUGUCCAUGAACGCCAUGAAGAAGGACAACUACGUGCUGAAGGCGCAGGUGGAGCGGUGCGAGGAGAUGUUCGACGUGGAGAAGAGACGACACAAGCGGUUGAAUGAGGAACUUCACAUCAUGUUAUCGGAACUCUCGUAGCCUUUGUCCCCUUCGUUCUAUUUUUUUUUUUUUUUCUCACUUUGCCUUAGUCUUUAUUUCUCCAUCUUUUUCUCUCUAGGAUAUGUAAUAAAUGACUCAAAUUUUUAUUUUAGAUUUGUAAGUAGAGAGUAUAAAUGCUUCUUCGUUUUGUUGUUGUGAAUAUGAACUGGUUAUAUGAACGACGAUGUGAAUGCGUAUUACAUUUUUUUUAGUAUAAGCAAAUGUCUGCUUUGUUCUCCACCGUGUGGCAGCUUCAUAAUGAGUGCAGAUAUUGUAACUUUUAAAUAGCAUUAGUCUUUUUAUUGUAUGCAUUAUGCUACAGUUACUGUAUUUGGAAACAAAAAUAAAACUCCCUUCUUCCCUUAUUUGCAGUAAUAAAAAUGCUAAACAGACACGCCUGUGCAUAUUAAAAUGGAAGAGAAAUUUAGAUUAUGUGAGAAAUUAAUAAAACAAAAAAAGGUAUACCGAGUGUAAUACAAGGAUGCGUGCUCGAACAGAACACCCUAAGGAUCAAGCAGGUGUCCUUCAUAGUUUCUGCAACAGCAUCCAUGGGACCAAGGCAAGGCAGACCGUGAUAGCUGUUGCAAUUCUCUAGAACUUGGGUAUUUCUGCCAUUUUAUUGGAAUUAUUUGUUCCAUUUUUAUUACAUUAUUUGGAAUGUGUUUUUUUUCCCUUCUUGUGUAGCAAGAACAACAGUCGGUUAAAAGAAGGUAAUCGAAAUAUCCUUUGUAUUUCAUACAUCUUUAUCAUUAUUUACUUAUUCUUCAAAUAUGACAAGCGAAGUAGCCCAUUCCCAAAAGAAGAGAAAUCAAAUCAUCGAACCAUGACAUCGAAUCUAUUACUUCUCAUGUUUGUUUUUUUCUGAUUAUAUAAGUAUGCAUCAUCAUCAUUCUUCCUUCCUUCCUUUUCCACUUCUCUUCUCUCUUCCAAGAACAGCUUCUCUCUAAAACGAAUUGAGUGUAUUGUGUCCUGUUGUCCGAUAGCGUCUAACCAAUGUCAUCUCUGAAGGUGCGUCUCUCUGCCACCUCCCCAAGCGGGAAUAGGUCGGCCGGCAAUUCAAUACUUUGUGUGUAGAGGCACUAGAAGCCUUUUCAGAUUUUUAAGAAGUUUAAUAUGCAUGACAUUUUACAACUAAAAUAGAUUAUGAAUCUAAUAAAUUAUGGCAGGAUCAUA